GGGUUUGGUUGCACCGCGGCUUUGGCGCAUUUUCGGCUGGUUUGAUUCAUCCAUUUUGAAGAGACGGGGGAGCGGGGGGCUCGUCAGAUCCUGGGGCCUGAAACAAGCAGUCGCGGACUCAGAGAAGCCAGCAGCUCGGGGCUCGGCAGAAGCGGCCCCGCCGGCCGGAGCGGGGGGGUGGGGCGCCGAGUGCGCGGGGAGGGGGGUCCUGGUCCUCUGCUCCUCGACUUGGUCGCGCCUCGACAGCGAACAUGUCUCGGCCUGUCAGAAAUAGGAAGGUCGUUGAUUACUCGCAGUUUCAGGAAUCAGAUGAUGCAGAUGAAGAUUAUGGAAGAGAUUCAGGCCCUCCUGCUAAGAAGAUUCGGUCGUCUCCCCGAGAGGCUAAAAAUAAGAGGCGAUCUGGAAAAAAUUCACAAGAAGACAGUGAAGACUCGGAAGAAAAAGAUGUGAAGACCAAAAAGGAUGAUUCUCACUCAGCAGAGGACAGUGAAGAUGAAAAAGAUGAUCAUAAAAAUGUACGCCAGCAACGACAGGCAGCAUCUAAAGCAGCUUCUAAGCAGAGAGAGAUGCUCUUGGAAGAUGUUGGCAGUGAGGAAGAGCCAGAAGAAGAUGACGAGGCGCCAUUCCAGGAGAAAGAUUCUGGCAGCGACGAAGAUUUCCUAAUGGAAGACGACGAUGAUAGUGAUUAUGGCAGUUCAAAAAAGAAAAACAAAAAGAUGGUUAAGAAGUCCAAACCUGAGAGAAAAGAAAAGAAAAUGCCCAAACCCAGACUAAAGGCUACAGUGACGCCAAGUCCGGUGAAAGGUAAAGGGAAAGUGGGUCGCCCCACAGCUUCAAAGACAUCAAAGGAAAAAACUCCUUCUCCCAAAGAAGAGGACGAGGAAGCAGAAAGCCCUCCAGAAAAGAAGACGUCUGCAAGCCCCCCUCUCGAGAAGUCUGGAGAUGAAGGGUCUGAGGAGGAAGCUGCAUCUGGGGAAGAUUAAAAGUGAUAUUUGGGGAGAGGUUUUAUUAAAAACAAAAAAGGAAACCUCCAUAGGACACGGUUUGGGCUGUGGCUUGACUCAUGGGCUUUCAGUGCUGUUUCAUUUGUCUAGAAUAAUGUUUUUCUCUUUAUCAUCUAUCUCUUUCUCUCUCAAAACCGUUGUAUGCUGACGUGUUUAAGUUGCCAUUUUAUCUCAGUCUUUUCUUUGCCAAUCCCCUCCCCCCACAAAAGCCAUGUCAAUUAAUCACUGGAUUGACUGUUUCAUCUUUGUGUUUUUAAUGGAGGGAAGGAAUGUCAUGGCUGCAAAGCAAUAAGAUUUGAGGUGGACGCUAUGGAAACUGCUUCUUGCUAGAGAAACAGCAACUUGAACAGUAAUCAAAAACAAAACUAGGAAGGUUUUAAUUAAAUAAUUGUUCUUUCUUUUCCUGUACUUUUGACAGACCAGUUGUCACUUACAGAGUUUAUAUGUCUAAACUGUAAAUCUCAAAAAGAAUCAUGACUCUAAAUUUGUACUAGGGAGGCAGUUGAGGUAAACAUGAAUUCUGGAUUCUUAACUCAGUACACGAUAUUUCUUUGGGUGUGGAGGGAAUGGUGUUCCUGGAACUUGGUAUAUUUGUUAUUUUCAAAGAUAUUCAGAGCCAGUGGUUCUUUUGUCUUAAUAAGGUCUUUUUUUUUUUUAAGUGGGCCAGAAUCAGUCUUAAUUUCAUAUUUCAUUCAUGUUUUCAUUGAUUCAAGUUUUUAAAAUACAUCCUGUUUUGGGGUAAAGUUUUACCAGUGAUCCAAAAUUAAAAAAAGAUUUCUUUGAAUUUCGAUGAUGAAUCUACCCCCUCAGUGCAUUUCUUCACAGGCUGACAAUGUUAAAGUUUUAAGCAAAUAAAAAUUUGAGUUAGUGUGAAACUCAGAUACAAAAGAUUGAAAUUUAUCCUUUAUGAAUACAAAUAGUUGAAAUGAGGGCCCAAAAACCAUGCCAUUUCUAUUUGGGAAUAGAAACACUUGUUUCCUUUUGGUAUUUAAAUCUUUCCUUCGUAGUCACAUGAUAAUUGCAUAAUCUCACAACCUCUUCCUGCUGCUUCCAUACUGUGGAGCUGUUUGCUUCUUAGUUGGUCUGACCCUCCUUUCUUAUUUAUGCUUCUUUAAAGCAAGAGCCUGAGUCUCAAUGGGAUGAGCGAACUGUAUUUUAGGGUGCCUAUGUGCCAUUGAUAAUAGUCUAGAUACCCUAGCAAAGCAUCAAGAACAGGUUUGAUCCUCCACAUUCAGGUCCCAUUUGCCAAUAGACUCAAAGAUUAGGGGUCCUAUUAUGCUACUAAAUUAAAUUAAAGAUUUAGUGAAGUAAUUUCUGUAUAUUUUUCUGCACUUAAGCUAAAUUUGCUUCCUCAGUAUUCUGCUUUUGUGUUUUUUAAGUGACAUAUUUGUCUCGGACAAUGUCAUUUUCUUAUAGGUGUUCGUAGGACAAAGGGUUAUUUAAGAAAUAUUUUUACUCUGGUUUUUAAGACACUUUAAAGAACAUUCUUAGAUCUGCUUUAAAAUAAAUAAAUGAGUAAAUAAAGCACCUAGUGGCAGAGAGUUAUUUCAACCCUGCACUGCUAAUAAUAAAUGAGUUUAACAUGGCCAAAAUAGGAACUUGAACAUAAGCAGUUGAAUUAUUGUAUUCUAUGAUGGAUAUAUAGUUGUGAGCUGUGUAGUGGGUUUUACUGAUUAUUCUAUUUGCUGUGGUGGGCUUGCUCAGGAACCCGUCCUUAAAGAAGAGACUCUCCAUUUCCACCAGGCAUCUCUCCCUUUUAGGGGUUUAUAACUCAGUCUUACAUUCCUAGUGACAUUGGGCUUUUCUUAGGUUAUGUUUCAUGAGAAUUUGUGGGUAGGGUCUCUUUCAACUUAAGCCUCAAUUUUUUUUUAACAAUCUCUUUAAUAAUCUGCACUAACUUCUCUUGAUUUCAUCUACCUAUAAUUGAGAAAUAAUAUCUUUUAGGUUACUUGUAUAAAAGGUGUGUCUGAUUGGACUUGUUUAGAAUCCCUUUUAAAACCAACUCACUAGAUUGAAGAUAUAUUUUCUAAUUACAGGUCGGUUGGGUUAAUGGUGUCUCAAGUGAGCACACGAGCUCUAAGUGACCUUUGUUUUCACUCUUUUUAGUGAUUUAUAGCAUUCUGGUCUUCCCUUCAAAUCAUGCAUGCAAACAGGAAGACAUUUAAUGUGACUCAACUGGAAACAGGUGCUCAGCAGUUAGGUAUAAUAAUGACACGAGGGUAUGUUCAUAGUGACUGGCCCUUGGCACCUCCAUGGCUAACUCUCUGUCCUCCUUUCUUUCUAGUGUGCCUAUAGUGAAGUGGCAAUGUAUUCACUGUCUUAAUUUGCAGUGCUCAGGAAUGGGAUGUCCAUUUGAAGGUGCUUGUUAGCAAAGCUCAGCUAGGUUUACCUCCUUAAUGGAUGCAGCAGUUCAGCUAACACUACAUUCUAGUUCUCCAGGCGUUGGUUAAAGCCUUUGUCUCCCCUGGCAGAAAUGGGAGCCACCACUGAUGGGGUUUAGGAGAGAGGACCCAAAGGGUAUAUUCUAAAUAUCUGCUGAAGCCCUUAACUGCUUUCAGUACCUCCCUCUUCAUAUUAACCUUACAAAGGAAAACUAAUGGUAGGAUAAAUGUUUCUUUUUUUAGGCUAGUGAAAGAAUCCCCACAAACACCUUACCAACACCCCAGUAUUUUGUGUACCCCAGGCUGGCCUCAAAAUUGUUACGUGACUGAUCUUAAACUCAUGUUUUGUUUAGUUUUGUUUUCAAAAUAACUGAUCCUCCCCGCCCCCCGUCUUCAACGCUUAUAUACGGUACUAGUUCAGAUAGUAUUUUCUUCCACAUAAAAAUCAGUGGAAUUUGAGGUUAUAAUCAUGAAGAGCUUUUGAUGAAUAGAGUCAGCUGAUCUUGACCUUUUUUUGAGGCCUGGUUUCACUUUGUGGUCUGUCUGGGAGUCUUUUUUCCCCUACCCCUCACUCACACUGCUGGGAUUAAGGCCACCACGACAGGUGACACUUUUUAAAAUGGGCUUUUCUUUUUAUGUCCACAAACAUGUAGGUGGCAGGUUAGAGAGGGAAAUUGUGUAAACAAAACUCAGGUUUAGGGGCCCCUGCCACAGCAGACUUGACUAGAAGACACAAAGCUGUGUUGCUGCUGUGAAUCCGUGCCUGUUUGGACAGCCCUCUUUACCAGCAGCACCAGAAGCCACACUAGAAACAUGCCCACCUGUGACUGGGCAGGAAGAAAUGCGGCCUAGGCACCUCACGGUGUGUGGACGCAACAAGCAGUACAUGCUUCUUGCCAAAGGGGAGGGAAACUUAAAGCCACUGGUUGCUCUUGAGGGUAGAAUAUUGUCAUUUUCUCUCCGGAGGAAACUGCUGAAGAUCGGGAAGGUUUUCUUUUUUUGUUUUUGUUUUUUUUUUGUUUGUUUUUGUUUUUUAGUAUUGCGAUGUCAAGCUGUCAGUAGCCAUGUUGCUAUUUGAACCUCCUUUUCCCUUUGUCUUAGAAGAUACAUGAUUCUGAAAAUCAGAUCCAUAGAUGAUACUUUUGUUCAAAGCCUAAUUCACAGUGGUAUGAUUGUACUAACCACUAGGAGGUUCCCAUAUGCCUACCUGUUGCCAUGCCAAUGAAGAAGGAACUGGUGGCAUCUGAGCAUGCUCUGUGGCUGUAGAGCAUCACAGUUGGGUGGACACUUUGUAUAUUGGGAGAGGGGGGGUUUUCUAGAUCACGGGGGAGGGUAAAUUGAUUUUGGGGGUGUUGGGUUUUUUUCAGUUUUGGAGGUUUUAUUUGGUUUGGUUUGUUUGGGCUUUUUUGUUAUUUUUGCCUUUUGCUUUUUAUGGAGGGUUGGGGAGUAUAGUACUCAGUUAUGCCCUAAAAAUAACAUGUAUAAAACCCUGAAGUGUGAUGUGGGUAUGUGUGAGUGUGUGUUUGUAAAUGUCUGGCAGUUAAACCUUUGUCUUCUGGAAGUUAGUGAAUUUUUUCCCUUUUCCUCUGGAAGAAUUUGUUACAAGAUUUGUAAAUAAGAGCUCUACAUAGUCCGUGUACCAUGAACAUAUUGCAGCAAACCUUACAUGCUUCAUUCCUGCAAGGUUGACUUUGCCAGGUUGCUCAGCCACCACCAUCAGUUUGCUUUCAUUCAUCUCUUAGACUUAAUUUGCCAGUUCUAAAAACUCCUAGUCUUCUUCAAUUUUGUUCUUUAAUCUCUCAUGUUCUGAGCAGGAAGGGUCAGAAAGCUAGCCUAAUUGUCUUGGUUGGGCCAUGGCUGAGAGCCUGGUAUCCUUUUCAUCAUACUGCAGUGUAGCUUGAUACAUGGUUAGACAACAGAGGGUUGGGCAUUCUUGCAAUACCUUAGCAGUGCUGAGAUCUGCAGCAUGGUACUAAGGAAGCUAAAGUUUGAAUGUAACCACUUUAUUUAAAGGGUUUUAUUUUUUCUUUAAUUUAAAUGAAACCGAGUCGAAGUGAACAUGGUUUUGUUGGCCAUGUUCAUGAAUUAUAGAUACAGCAUACAUUGGUAGGAACUUGGUUUUGUUGACAAUGUUCAUGAAUUAUAGAUGCAACAUUGGUAGACUCAUGUGAUGGUCUGAUGUGAUACUUCAUUUCAUACAUUUACAUAUCCUGGUCUGUACACAUUUGCAUAAACAACAGCAACAACAAACUCCUGCCUUGCUCCGAUUGAAGGAUUUCCAGGACUGCUGUCUGCUCCUGAACUUUGUUUUAAGUAUGUGUAUCCUUUGCUUGUAUUUUGUAUUAAGGAAUAAGGAAAAGAACCCCUUAUUGUUGAGCAUGUUGGUGUUGUCCCCUUUAUUUUUUUCUUUUUCUUGGGGACAUAUGAAGCAAGUUAUUCUUUUUCUGUAUCUUUUUCUUUUCUUUUGUAAACCUUUUGGUUUGUUUUGUUUAAAAAUGGCUUUAUAAAAGGGCUUUUGUAACCCA